GGAGGCGGCCCUGGGGAGCGAGCCAGAGCGACGCCCGGGCGGCAGCGGCUGCAGCGCAGACAGCACCCAAGGCAAGGGGAUCCCUGGCGCCUGGAGCGUUCUGCUUUGAACCCGAAGUGGAUGAUGCUGUCAGGGCGGCACCUGUGACCAAAGUCAGUGAAAAAGCCCCAUCUCCUCCUUGGCCGUCAGCUGAGAUAAGAUGGAAGACUCUUACAAGGAUAGGACUUCACUGGUGAAGGGUGCCAAGGACAUUGCCAAAGAGGUGAAGAAACAAACAGUAAAGAAGGUGAAUCAAGCAGUGGACCGGGCCCAGGAUGAGUACACCCAGAGGUCCUACAGCCGGUUCCAGGAUGAAGAAGAGGACGAUGACUAUUACCCUCCCGGAGAAACCUAUAAUGGGGAGGCCAAUGAUGAUGAAGGUUCCAGCGAAGCUACUGAGGGUCACGAUGAAGAUGACGAAAUCUACGAAGGGGAGUACCAGGGCAUCCCCAGUACGAACCAAGGGAAAGACAGCAUCGUGUCCAUAGGUCAGCCCAAGGGCGACGAGUACAAGGACCGACAGGAGCUGGAGUCGGAGAGGAAAGCAGAUGAGGAAGAACUAGCUCAGCAGUAUGAGCUGAUAAUCCAGGAGUGUGGUCAUGGCCGUUUUCAGUGGACCCUGUUCUUUGUCCUGGGCAUGGCCCUGAUGGCAGACGGCGUGGAGGUGUUCGUGGUCGGCUUCGUGCUGCCCAGCGCCGAGACAGACUUGUGCAUUCCGAACUCAGGCUCCGGGUGGCUAGGCAGCAUAGUCUACCUCGGGAUGAUGGUGGGGGCGUUCUUCUGGGGAGGACUGGCUGACAAAGUGGGAAGGAAGCAGUCUCUUCUGAUUUGCAUGUCUGUCAACGGAUUCUUUGCCUUCCUUUCUUCAUUUGUCCAAGGUUAUGGCUUCUUCCUCUUCUGUCGCUUGCUUUCUGGAUUCGGGAUUGGAGGUGCCAUUCCCAUCGUGUUCUCCUACUUUGCUGAGGUGCUGGCCCGAGAGAAGCGGGGUGAGCACCUGAGCUGGCUCUGCAUGUUCUGGAUGAUCGGCGGCAUCUACGCCUCUGCCAUGGCCUGGGCCAUCAUCCCGCAUUACGGAUGGAGCUUCAGCAUGGGGUCGGCCUACCAGUUUCACAGUUGGCGUGUGUUCGUGAUUGUCUGCGCCCUCCCCUGUGUCUGCUCAGUGGUGGCCCUCACAUUCAUGCCAGAAAGCCCACGGUUCUUGUUGGAGGCUGGAAAACAUGAUGAAGCCUGGAUGAUUCUGAAGUUGAUUCAUGACACCAACAUGAGAGCACGGGGGCAGCCCGAGAAGGUCUUCACGGUAAACAGGAUCAAAAUCCCAAAACAAAUAGACGAACUGAUUGAAAUUGAGAGUGACACAGGAACAUGGUACAGGAGGUGUUUCGUUCGGAUCCACACAGAGCUGUAUGGAAUUUGGUUGACUUUUAUGAGAUGUUUCAACUAUCCCGUCAAGGAAAAUACAAUAAAGCUUACAAUUGUUUGGUUCACCCUGUCCUUUGGGUACUAUGGAUUAUCUGUAUGGUUCCCUGAUGUCAUCAAACAUCUGCAGUCGGAUGAAUAUGCAUUACUAAUUAGAAAUGUGCCAAGAGAGAAAUAUGCAAAUUUCAGUAUUAACUUUACAAUGGAAAAUCAGAUUCAUACUGGAAUGGAAUACUACAAUGGCAGAUUCCUGGGGGUCAAGUUCAAAUCUGUAACCUUUAAGGAUUCGGUUUUUAAGGCCUGCACCUUUGAGGACGUGACUUCAGUCAACACCUACUUCAAGAACUGCACGUUUAUUGACACUGUUUUUGACCACACAGAUUUCGAGCAAUACAAAUUCAUUGACAGUGAAUUUCAAAACUGCUCAUUUUUCCACAAUAAAACGGGGUGCCAGAUCACCUUUGAUGACGACUACAGUGCCUACUGGAUUUAUUUUGUCAACUUCCUGGGAACGUUGGCGGUGUUACCAGGGAACAUCGUGUCCGCUCUCCUGAUGGACAGAAUUGGGCGCUUAACCAUGCUGGGUGGCUCUAUGGUGCUUUCGGGGAUCAGCUGUUUCUUUCUUUGGUUCGGCACCAGCGAGUCUAUGAUGAUCGGAAUGCUGUGUCUGUACAAUGGAUUGACCAUAUCGGCCUGGAACUCUCUCGACGUGGUCACUGUGGAGCUGUACCCCACGGACCGGAGGGCAACGGGCUUUGGCUUCUUGAACGCACUCUGCAAAGCUGCCGCCGUCCUUGGGAACUUAAUAUUCGGCUCCCUGGUCAGCAUCACCAAAGCCAUCCCCAUCCUGCUGGCCUCCACCGUGCUCGUGUGUGGGGGACUGGUGGGGUUGCGCCUGCCGGACACACAAACCCAGGUCCUGAUGUAACUGGAGACAAGCCAUCCGCCCUGUGUUUCUCUCUCCUGCCCUGUGUCAACUCUCCUGACCGAGUCAAGACUUCAGGUUUUUCAGAUUUAGAAAGGUGGUCAGAUACCAGAACACUAACUCUUGCUGUGACUAAAAUUUAGAUGCAUAUCAUCUUGCCCCUUAAAUGUGAUUUUGCAGAGGCUCCACCCCUCUUCCCCCAUGCAUUGUUAUCUUCCCUGAGUUGCUGCUGCCUCCCCAAAAUCCGUGGAAGCAUUUUUUAAAAUGUCCCAGUCAGCUGGGCCUCCCUGAGAUUCUGCUCGCGGAAGGGUGGGAGGCUCAGAGGACUGAGCUGCUGCAAGAAACAGAUCCUGCUCCUAGUUCCACAUUCACAGGAAAUAUAAGUUGGCAUAUUAUUACAUUUGUGCUGAGGAGAGGGAUUCUUUUUCUCUAUCUUUUUUUUCAAACAGAGUGACAUUUCCUGUUUACUUAGAAAAGGACACCCCGCAAUUCUAGCCGUAACAGCAGGGCCUUUCAAAGAAAACCAUGUGGUCCCAAACAGAGCUGGGUGGAGCUCUUUCAGGAAUGACAAUUAAGGUGACGCCACUGACAAGAAAAAUAAAGGCUCUGCAGUUAGCAGCAGAGGUCUGCAUGAGCUGAACCAGCAAGAUGUCUGCCAGAAAGGUCCAUUAAACAUCUGAAAAAUGUGAGGAAAUAAGGCCCGUGAUUGUGACCUGUGGUUCCGAAUGUUAGAAAACCAGAGAUCAGAGAGAGAGCUUUCCCUGCCCUUGUCCCCCACCCCCAGCUGCGACUGAUCUUGCCAGAAAGCAGAUUCAGGAAAAGAAAGCCACUCUCUUCAAAGCCACUUGGGUCUGCCUACCUGACUGCCAUUCAUCCAAACUGUCUCUAGUGUGGGAAUGGUCAGUCAGUCAUCCAAGUCUUUGCAAAUCGCAAAUUAGGGAGCCAUUCACACCUAAGGCCAUUUAGAAAUGCCAGGGAAUACCUUGAAGGACAGUGACCCCAGUGUUUGACAUUGGACUUUGUAGCUAGCAUCCCUGAGGCAGGUCCCCUGGGCUGGGGUGUUCUGUGUGAAAUCACAGCCUGCCACCCUCCGGGGGCCCUUCGGCAAACAUGGCGGCCUCUCCUGGUGGUUUUUGGCUGCUCAUUUGAUCUGUGCAAUCUGCCUGGGCCUGGAAGAGAGGGUCAGCGGGACAUUCCCAGGAGCUGUCGAGCUGACCUUCUCACCCCUUGGGGCUGUUCCUCCUCCAAGCUCAGCCCUUUUACUCAUCUUUGAAACCUGAGGCCUUCUUGUAGACUUGCAGCAAUGACCAGUAACCAGGAAUAAAUCCCAUAUUAAAACAAUAUUCCUUUUUUAACUCUCCAUGUCUUGUGAGGGGGUUACCCCACACUUAUUAUAGGCAUUUCCAGCAGCCCUCGGCCCUGGGCCUCGCUGAGGAGAGCCUUUGUUCCCGACAGUCAUUACGUGCAAAGAUGUCUUAACCCCAGAGGCCCCUCUGCCCCCCUUGCCCCUUCCUAAUGAUCCUCCUGGAGCUCCAGACUGCGGAGUUCAGACUCUGAAAAGCUUCUUUCAUUAACAUAAGCCAUUAAUCGACUCCCCCUUGAAGUAAUUCAGGUCUGUAGAGGGGGGCAGCCUGGGGUUGGGGGCUGGCAGGAAGAAAGUGGUUCCCUGGGGAGUUGGCUCAGGGCCAGAACAUCAGGAAAACUCAAACCCAAAGCUAAGGGGGCAGGCAGAAGGAAAAUCAAUAAAGACUAGAUGAGAGCCAUUAGACUGUUAUCAACAAAGCAAGGAAAGCAGCAGAACAUACCCUGGCUUCUGCCUACUGUAAUACUGCUGGAGAAGAAAGACAGCAUCAAAAGUAAGAAGGGGCCUGUAUGUUAUUCUUCCUACAGGCUUAUUUCUCCACCUCUCUACCCCUUGAUUUUUCUUCUUAAAAAAAGAUGUACUGGAGGACCUGAGCAGGCGGCAUUUUUUAAAACUGAAUGUGGCAUGUACAGUGACAAUUGCAAAUGUAAGGUGUAUGUGUACAUGGGUGUUGCUCUCUCAUCUUCUGUGAGAGCUAACUGCUAAGUGGACUCUCUUUACUUCAGAAAGGUCUCCCGUGUCCACCAUAGCUCUACACGCAUUCAUCGUCUCCCAAGCUGCCGAGCUUGGUUUAGGCAGACUUUGCUUUGAAUACGGGCCUGAGUCAGAAUAGGAUAAACCAGCAGAACCCCACCUCAUGAGACUGGCCACCAUGCUUGCCCUUCCAGAGGGCCUUUCUUGGCCUUCUUGGCCCUUAAUCCGAGCCUCCCAGGUGGCCCAAGAAGGAUCUAUUUUAAUCUCCUGGACAGUCUGAGGUCACAAACCUUCUUGGUCACCACCUUCCCACCUUCUGUGCAGUAUUCUCUGCCUCCCUCCUGUUGUUCCUGUCACCUGGAUUUUCUAUGAGAGCUCAGGUUGUUCCCAAAGUAUGUGGUGUGGCCUGUCUGGCUUGUUCUGGGGUUAGCUGGAUUAAGAUAUAGCCAUGCCAUUAAACAGAAACUCUCAGUUCUACCACCGUAGGAGGCUGCUGGCACAGGCACCUGCACCCAGCAUCUCGUUUCAGCUGCAGUUGAAGGAAAGGGAGAGUGUGUGCAAAAGCGAAAGCCUAGGAAACAGCCCCACUUGCUCCUCUAUUUCUAACUCCUUUUCUAUCUAAAAUUUCCUCAGAGCUGUUUGGAAUCAAUCCAGCAUGUGGCUGAAUCCUGUUAUUAUCACCAGGUCCUCUCAGUAGGAAAGACAACCCAGCCACUCCAAACUGUAAACCCUGUGUCACGUUAGACCCCAAGUCGUGGGUCUCACAGCCCCAGCUCUGUGCAGUCCUGGGCCUCAAAAGCCAAACCCAGCAGCUGGGGUCAUCUCAGGCCCAGAGGCUGGGCCUGGGAGGUAAGACAGAUGGGCCCUGGCUCCACACUAACCAACAGUGAGACCCAGACCUUGCUGGAGAGAAUGUGAGUCGUGGAACAUCCCUGGUCCUCAGUUUCCCUGUCUGUAGAGUAAAGGAUUGGGACUAGUUCAGGAUUCUAGAGGAUCUUCAUGGAAGUAGCUUUAUUUGAUUACCUUUUGAUGCUGCACUCAUCUUCACAAGCACCAAACAAUUUUGAAACUGAAAAAUUAGGCUCCAGGCACACAUGCGAGAGCUCAGGAAGCUGUUUGGGAAAUCCUGGUGGGGUGGGCCAGAGAACAAAGUUCUCGUGUUGUUUGUGCUCCCAGCUUCAUAGAAUCUGCAGCAUUGUCUCGAUUCGGUGCUGGCUGGACGGUUUUCAUCGCCUGCCCAGGACAGGGACCGACCUGGUCAGAUGGAAGGCCCUCUGAGCACUGUACUAAUCACUGAGGCCUCAUCCUGUAGCUGGCUCUUGCCUCUGCACUCCGCUUUAUUCUUCAGACAUGGUCGUAAGCAGAUCUAGGCCUUCAGAAACGGGUUUUAAGUGAUUUCACCGAAGCUGGCAAACAUACCUUCAUGUACAAAUCUCACCAAAUCAGAGUGCAGGUUCACCCCAAGAAUGACUCAGCUGCUUUUCUGGAUGUCUUGAGAGAUCGAGGGAGAGGAAGGAACAGGCAUGUACUGGCAGCAGGUAGACACCAGACAUCAGCGCGAAGGUUCCAGGGAAGGGGCUGGGGUGCGGCCAAGACUUUCUAGACCCUGGGAUCAUUUCAAAAGCAUUCCAUGGGAAUACCUUCUGGUUUUCUCUGCCAACCAAAGUAGAAUAUGAUAUCUUCCAUUUUUUUCUGUUCAGUAUCAAAAUGGCCUUCAUCUAGUUCUCCAGUGAAACACUUCACCUGUUCAUGCAUUAAAGGCUCUGAAGCCAGGAAUGUAUGAUUUCGGCCUUUACUUGGUAGCGUAGAAAGACAACUGGUUGGUUGUUUAGGUGUAUGUUGGCUGUAUGUGUGGGUUUCCUUUAGCCCCUAUAUCAUGCUGACCUCAGUCCAGUUACCAAACCCACAGAAACACCAGUCACGGUGGAACAGCAGGAAGUCAUCUACACAGCAAGGCCCUCUGAAAUGGACCGUGUAUUCCUUACAGUAUCUGUUUCUACCGAGCAAAGUACGUUUUGAGUAAAGCUUCUCUUGUAAUCUAUGCCAUGUAGGCAAAAGAACAUGUCAGUAUCUCCCAGGUAUUUUGUGUGUGCCUUCAUUGUUUCAGGUGUGGAGUGACAGUUCCCCGUGUGAUGUCCUUGUGCUCUAAGUAUUGACAGUGUCUCACCAGCCGGACAAGCCAUUGCCAGGGCUGCCUUUGGUCUUUCUCAAACAAUACCUAGAUCCCAUUCAUACAGUUCACAGGUCUGUUCAGACCCUUGUUGAAGGCCGGUGGGGCUAGGUGGCAAAAGAGUGGGGUAGAGCCUUCACUGACCUGUCACCUCAUGUGAUUAUUCAAUAAAAAUAGUUAUUGUGCCCCUGCCGUGUGCUAGGCUGCGGCACUGUGCCAUGUGCAGACAGCUCACCUCUGCAGGACUUAAAUGAGGCCAGAGGAAAAACGGGGGAGUAACGAGAACACAUCUGUAAUGGGGGAGGGCCUUGUGCUGAGCCCAUUACAUAGGGAAAACCCCUCCCCAAAGCCCCUCCCAAACAAACACAAAGUGUUGGGUGUUUCCCCCCAAAUUUAGAAGAAGUUAUUGCCUAUGGUAGACAAUGCAGGAACCCUUUGAAAUUUGGGGAUAUCUCUGAGAGGAGGAGAAAGCCCCGCAACUGCCUGGACUUUGCUGAAGGGACUACUAACUAGUACUUAAAAAACGGAGCCACACUUGUGCUGUUUCUUAAAAGGUCUUGGCAGGAAAUCGCACUAAGGUAUCAUCCAAGGGAAAGAAUCAACAGCAAAGAUAGCCCCAUCUGCAGAAAGUUGUUCGUGUUUAAAGUUCCCAUGUCUUCCAAGAUAGCCUUUUCAUGGCCUGAAACUGGAGGUGGGGGAGAGGAAGCUGCUCCCAGGGCAGGCGGUGCGGAGUUUUCCCUCCAGAGCAGAGUGGAGUCAGCAAGUCCCUCAGCAGCUGCCCCCAGCUUCCCAGGGUGUUUCCUUUCCGAUUUUGAAGACUUGUGACUGAGUCAAGUGUCUUUGCAGAUAUCCUAGAGCAGCUUUCCCCCCUCCACCCUCGGCAGAUAAGCCACAUAGCAAACAAGUUCUGACAGUCAGUGGCAGGAGGUUUCCCAAUUUCAGUUUAAGAACCAGUGCAUGGUUGUGGCGGAGUGUCUUGAAGCUGCAAAGGUCUGAUGGGGUUCCGAGGGGGCAGAACAGACAGAGGGCGGUUGUCGGUGGCCCCCCGCCCCACCCCCUGCCCCCGAGAGCUCUGAUUUCCUUAUUUUACUCAGUAGCCCUCUCCUCUACCUGCCCCAGGCAGUAUAUACACACUUCCUUUCUUGUCCUUCUCAUCUUCUUUCUCCUCUUGCCACCUCUUGACUCUAGCAGUGUACAAGGCAAGGCCAGGCUACUGGGGCGCUGGGACUAAAGAAGGUGCCAAUCAAGCCAUAUGUGAGGUGGAGGCCAAAGGAUAGAGCACAUGAAGAACGGGGGUGGUUGUGGGAGUGGGUGGGAGCUCUAGACUGUUGACCUUGACCGAGCUCCCUAUACUGGGCUAGAUUUCCAACCGCUUCUCAACUCCUGUGGGUGAUAGAUGGAUGGGUACCACUGGCAUGAACUCUCAGAGAGGCCCAGCUCUCAGAAUCCACUGACCUGUGGAAGGUGGACUCACCUCUCUACGCCUACAGCGGGUCUUACUUGGUGCCGAAGGCUGGGUGUGUUUCAUUCAGAUUUAAAUGCUGAAAGUGCGGAGGUCGCUCCUGCUCUGCCUACCCUGCCACAUUCAUGCUCCCCUCACAGCCAACGGUGCCCAGAACUAGGAGGAGGAGAAAGCAGCCCUCAGUUCAGACUCAGGCAGAGUUUAACACCAAGCUAGCGGCUUACCCUGAGAGCAGGGGUGCUGGGUCCUAAGAAGCUUUCGGGUGCCUGGAGAGUGACUGUCUGAGCCUGUCUGCAGGGGCCUGAGUCGUGGGUGGCCUCCCACUGCACUGACCCAGGCCACACCAAACUGAGCCCCAUGGGUGUGCGGGUCAGCACUGCCCAUAAGCCGGAGGGAAGGAAAGGCUUAGCAAGCUCAGCCUCCUGUCAGGACACAAAGGGUUUCUUCCUGCAUUUGUAUUGACUCAGAAUAGGACCCACAAUGCAGAGAAUCCACCACUUUCCACGGGUAUUGUUCCUUCAGGGAGAACAGACCAAAAAUUGGCUGUUUUGUUAUGUGCAAACAAAAAUAAACUUGUUUGAAGUUACAGAGUAUCUCCCUUCUCACACCCAAGCAGGCGUCCAAGAAGGACACUCCUUCCCUGCCUUUGAUGCUCUCCAGGCCUGCCCAGGUAGAGCCGGACAGACUGAUGGCUACAUCUCACUUCCACCUCUGUUGACACACGUUUAUUGUUCCAAGUCUGUGCCCUAAAUCAAACGGGUGGAAAAUUGUUCUUUCUUGAUAUGUGCUUCCACGGCAUCCAAACAUGUGGCUGUGUAUCCUCGCCCUGGCCCAGGCACACAUUGAACGGAUUACACACCCCUCACUGAUGUCCAGACACUGUCAAUCAAGUCCUGGGAGCGCUCUUCCUCUCGGGCUGCCUCUGUUCCCGCAGGCUGACCUGCAGACCACUCUCUUCGCAGUGAGAAUUCAGCAGUGGCCCCGUCCUUGGUUUGGCAUCUGGGCGUCUUGUUUCGUCUUGUCUUGUUUCUUUCCUGUUUUUACUGCUCUGUAAGGCCUCCUGCUGUGAAUGUUCCAAUUACCCCCAUUGUACUGUAUAUAUGUGCUGCAUGUGUGAACCCCAAUAAAUUCUGUUCCAGGUUUCUGGAGUCUUCAUCUUAAGUACAGCUGGUCCUGUUGUGAACUCAUCUUUCUGGUAUGUUCCUCUGUGUCUGAUUCCCGAUUGCCAAAAUGUUUGACCAAGUGUGUUUUGACAAAUGUCCCAAGACAGCCAUGUGUAUCCUUGUGAAAGGGCAUGCUCUGUGGGGGGUGACUCGUGUACAGCAUAAAUCUACCAAAUGUGGAAGCGUGUAUACAUGUAUAUGUCAGAUACUCAACAUUCAUGUAGCAGCUGCAAAGAUAUUUAAUGUACAUCAGAUAAA